UUUUUUCUCUCAUAUAUUUCAUAAAGUAUGACGGAAACUCAUGUUAAAGUGUAUUUAUUUUGGGGUGGUGAAGUUGUGUAUGAAGCUGGUUCGGUUAGAUACAACCGUGGUCCUGAAAUAGGGCAAAGAUUUCCAAUUUUCCUAAAAUAUGAUCGUCUGCAACGCGUCUUAAGGAGUAAAAUGUUCGUAAAUGAUCCUGAACUAUCGGUGGUUAUAACCGGACGAUGUCCAAGUUCAUUUACAGCCGAUGGUUCACCAAUUUAUGGUGAGAUGCCAAUUACGGAGAUGAAUCUUUAUCGUCAUUUCUUUGUUGUCCUGAGAUUUUUAAAAAUCACAUAUGCAUAGCGGCGCUUGACAUAUAUGCUACAGUUCAACGCUCUACCCAGGUUGAAGUACCGACCGACAAUGAGUUCGAUUUUGGAGUAUGAUGGUAUGACUUCAACGCAUGAUCAUGACUUUGAUUGGAGUGGACAGAAUCGUGAGACGGGAGGACCAAAUAAUGCUACUACGCAGUUGCAUAAUUUGAAUUGUAAUGUACGACACCCUUCACAUCCUGGUCCAAGUGAAUUGGACAGUGAUAGGCAUAACGAUUUUGAAGAUAACCCCACGUUGACUCAACUCACACAAAUUGUGAGCAAUAACGAUUUAGCUAAUGAUAUAAUAAAUGAGUCGGAUAGCGAUAGUCCAUUAGAUCAUGACGGGACGGACGAUGAUCAAUCGUCUGCUGACGGUGACGAUUCUGAUGAAGAUGUUGCGGCCCCCAGUAAUGUUAGUGAUAAUUAUCAUUCAAAUGUGAUCCCAUAUUUGGAUAAUACAGAAGAAGUAGAACCGGAAGAUUUUGCAUACAUGAGAGAUAACGGAUCUGUUCGGGCUGCACUUCGGAAUUCUAGUAAUCCUAAAGUUAUCAAAUCAGGUAUGUUAUUUCACAGCAAGAAGCAAAUGAAAGGUGCAGUGAGGCUCUAUAAUAUAGCUCACAAAAAAGAAUAUAAAACAGAUCAAGCUAAAGGUACAUUUUGGAAGGUUAUUUGCAAGCGGCAUGAGGAAGGUUGUUGUUGGAUGAUCCGUUUUUCGUUGAUCAGAAGUGGUAUGUGGAAAGCAGGAAAAAUGAUUGAGCCACAUAAUUGUGAUACGGAUGAUUAUACAGAGGAUCAUUUCAAUUUGAAUAGCAACAUGAUUGCUACUUCGUUGAUACCAUAUGUUAUGAUCAAUGCACAAAUCAGUAUUAAGUUUGUUCAGGAAACUAUAAAAGGCAUCCAUCACUAUACUCCUAGUUAUAGAAAAGCGCAAAAAGGGCGUAAGAAAGCUUUUGAGAUGGUGUAUGGUGAUUUCGAAGGUUCUUUUAGGGCAUUGCCUCGAUACAUGGCUGCCCUAGAACAUUUCAAUCCGGGCACUAUUGUUGAGUGGACACACGAGUCAACUACAAUGCAAGGCGAACACAUCUUCAAGUAUCUUUUCUGGGCCUUUAAACCAAGUAUCGAUGGAUUCAAAAGUUGCAGGCCGGUCAUCUCAAUAGAUAGCACUCAUGUCUAUGGUAAGUAUGAGAUGAAAUUGUUGAUUGCUGUUGGCAUUGAUGCAAACGGAAAUAUUUUUCCACUUGCAUAUGCUAUAGUAGCACGUGAGAGCUAUGAGUCAUGGACUUGGUUUCUCAGUUUAUUAUGGAGACAUGUUGUUUGUCAUAGAAAAGGCAUUGGACUAAUUUCUGACCGUCACCAAGGGAUCUUGCAAUGUGUAAUGACACAUGAAUGGUUACAGCCACCCACCACACAUCAUAGAUUUUGUGUUCGACAUUUAAAAAGCAACUUUAACAAAAAGUUUCUUAACUCUGAUCUUGAGAAGCUAAUGUGGUUGGCUGCUACAGAGCACCAGAAGAAGAAAUACCAAAUGAGGAUGCAACAAAUUAAAACUUUGUCACCUGCAGUGCAUAUGUGGUUAAGCGAGCUUCCGAAGGAAAAAUGGACAUUGUAUAAGGACGGUGGUUAUAGGUGGGGGGCUAUGACGACAAAUGUCUCUGAGUCUUACAACGGUUUAUUGAAGAAAGCCCGUGGAUUGCCUGUUACUGCCAUGGUUCGCUUGACCUUUAAAAAUCUUGUUGAUCAUUUUGUUAAAAGAAGCGCCCUUGCUGCUCUGCUAAUGGUAAAUAAGAAGACUUGGCCGCCUAGUGUUGAUAAAAAGUUCCAUGAAUAUUGGGAUAGGGCCGCUAUGCACACUGAUAUGAUGAACUAUAACAUUGUGACUGGGGUCUUCGAGAUUCUGACAUUUGCACACGAAGGUAAGGGUGGAAAUGUCCAUAAAGUCUCUGACAAUGGAAAAAAAAUGUUCGUGUGGGAAAUGGAAAAACUACCACAUGCCAUGUUCCCAUGCAAUUAAAUUUUGUCGGAUCCGUAAAAUUCAUCCUAAGGACUAUGUUAGCAAGUACUACAGUUGUAGGUAUUACAAGCAAACAUACAGUGGAAAGUUUUCUCCCUUGGGUGAUGAGGCAUAUUGGCCUGCAAGUCUCUUCUGUUUAAUUGCAAACACUGCAUACGAGCGAACUUCUGGAGCCCAGAGAACAACUAGAAGGAGGAAUGAAAUGGAUAUUGCUCCUGCUCGCAUGGCUAGGAGGUGUGGAACUUGCAGGCAAACCGGUCAUAACAAAAAUCGUUGCCCCAAUCGCACUCAGUAGUUGUUGUUGCUUGUUUACUGUUAAGUUUUUUCAUGAGUUCUAUGUUAUUGUUAUUUUAUGUAAUCUUUGUUAUCUUAUGUAAUCUUCAAUAAUAUGUUGUCGUCCUU